AUGGAGAGGCGGAGAAGAAGAAGGUUGGUCAGGCGGCGCCGGACGGGUGCCGGCCCGGUGCAAAGCAAGCUCAAGAUGCUCGAGGAGCUCGUGCCGGGGUGCGCCGACCAGGACGUGGAGACUCUGCUGGCGAGGACGGCGGACUACAUCACCCUCCUGGAGCUCCAUGCGAGUCUCCUCGAGAGCCUUCAGACGUCUCCAGUGUGGAACCUCCCAGGAUAA